UGGUUGUGACUUGGGCGAAGAAUUCGUGGAAUAAAGUCACUGACAGCUUUGUGGCCAAUGCACUGCAACCAGGUACAUGGACCAGAGGCACCAUUUUGUGGGACAGGACACCGAGGCUCAGGAGAGCUUAGGCUUCCUGGUCAAAAUCAGAGUGAUGGAGUGAAGGCUGAACAAAGGGCCUGUCUGCCUCCAGAUUUUCUCUGUGUCUCCUCCACAAGGCUGCCUGCCUGGCCUAGGCCCAGGAGCAUUUGGGGUGCUCACAUUGCUGCUCCCUCCUAGCUACACCCUUCCAGCUACACCCAGUCUCCAUCCAAUCCUUCGGCUCCCAUGCAGCCCUCGGUAUGGAAGGUUGUCCUGCUAUGCAGCAUGGAGGAGAGCUCAGAAUCAAAGCUACAGGUGACCAGUAUUCUUAGUUCACCUGCCCCCUGACUCAGUUUUCUCAUCUGUAAAAUGGGCUCAUAAUAUUGUCUGCCUCCCAGCAUUCUUGUAAGACUUCCCUUAUUUGGUCUGAAUAUUGAAAGCUCUACUGUUCUUGUUAUUCUUGUUUUUAUGGGUGGGAAAUCCAGCAUUUGGAGGAGUUGCCCUGCACAAUUUAGGAGGGAAGGCUUCUUGGGCUGGUCUUUAUUCCUCCCCAUCCCUGUGGUCCUGCAACUCUAGAAGACAUGUGCUCCUCCCCAGAAAUCAGGCUUUCCACCACCCCACAUUGCUUCUCAGAAUGACAAUAGAGCUCAACCAAAACAGCCCCCAAGAUGCGUGGUAAUUGCAUGGUCACGCUGCCUGGUGUUUUUCUCCAAAAGCAGUAGGGUGCUUAAUUGUUUGUCUUCCAAAGGAUUUGCCAGCUGCUUCUUAUUGACCUUAAUUGUCUGAGUUAACCCCCAGACAUUUUCUCCUUGAGUUUUUGAUUUAAAGUAACUCAACUCAUGGGAAGUUAUAAAUGCCAUACUGAGAGUCCCAUGGACCCUCCAUGGUGUCCCCUGGUGUUGGCAUCAUUCAGGGUUACAACACAUUCACAGCCAGAUUGCUGACACAGUGUGUUACUGUCACCUGAGCUACAAGCCGGCCUUCAGAGCUGCACUUAGCUGCCUGCCACACACAGCUGAUGCAGGGUCAGUGUGUUGGUUGCUGCUGUUAACACAGUUCCUUCUCAUCCUCGUGGUUUAUGGUGAAGUCCCUAUUUGCUGGCCAAAGAAAUUUCCUGGACUGGAUGGGCCUCAGUUUAUCUAACAGUUUUCCUGUGAGCAUUCAUAUGGUUUCCUGCUGUUUGGGGAUCAUAAAUAGCAGGACCCAGCCUGUCUUUGUGCACAGACGGCUGUGUACACAGGCGAGCAUUUGGGAGUGUGGGUCCCUGCAGAAGGACCACUAGAUAAAGCCUGCAUCUGGUGUUCAGCACUCCUGUGCACACCGCCCAGUUCCCUGAGUGCUCCUGAGGGUGGGCCAGCACAUCAAGCCCUCACACGCCUGUGGUAAGUGCUGUGCUGUCAUGUCUGUAGAGAGGUGAAGUCACAAACUCAUAUCAUACAAGUUGAAGUGGCAUAGAGCUAGAUCUCCUGCCUGGUCUGUGCUGUCACUGAGGCCAGGGGCAGGCUUCUGUUUCCCUCAGAGACACCGGGCCAGCCCCCAUGCUCAGCACUCUGUCACCAUCCCGAGGGGCUCCCUUCCUCCCCGUCCCCUUCCCAGAGGCCCUGGACCAGUGUGAGCCAGCUUCACCCUGAGUCAGGAGGAGUGCGGAGUCCAGGCCUUACCUUCCCCAAGGCAGCUGAUGCCCUGGGGCCCGGGCCGACAGUGGGCCCAGCUGUGCUCACUCUUCAGGCUCUGAACUAAAGCGCAGCCAGAGCUCUCAAGUCAGGAGGUGCAGGACGGCGGGGUCCAGGCUGGAUGGCUUCCCUGUGCAGGGGGCCUGGGGUGCAGGCUCUGGGCCCAAGUGCAGGCUAGCCCAGGCUUGUUGGUAGUAACUCUGCCAUGUAUCUGUUCAAGGCAGAGUCUCCGCCUCUCCCAAGAGCCUCCUAAAGGGCUGGACGAUGAGUGCUUGAAAGGGCUUGGACUGGGCAAGUCUGAGCUAGUCAAUGUACAGGGCCGGUCCAGUGCCCAGAGAGGGAAAGAGACGAGCCCGAGGUCACACAGCAAGGCCAUGGGGGAGGAGAGCUCUCCUGACUCCUGCUCCAGGACUCUGCAUCUCACUUGGUUCCCCCCACAUCCUUUGUCCCUUCUCCCUUAGUUUCUGCUCUUCCACCUCCCUCCCUCUCCUCUUUUUCUCCCUCCCCUUCUUUCCCUCCUUCCCUCUUUCCUUCUCCCCUGUCCUACUGGUUUCAGCAUUCCCUGAAACAGGUGCUAUUAUCCCAUUUUACAGGUGAAGAAACUAGGGCUUGGGGUGCACAGCUUGUGAUGGGGUGCACUAGGGCUUUCUAGGAUUUCCUACUCGCCCUGAUCACCAGAGACUCCACCAACUUCCUACUGGAGGAGAGAUAGCGAAGGGUCCACUGGUCUGAGACAAAGCGUAACAAUGCUAGUAAUGACAAUGACGACGACUGUGGAAUUGUUAUCUGCUUAUAGUCAUUGAGAAGUCAGUCUCUGCUAGAUGUGAUUUAGCAGAGACUGAGAUUUAUCCUCAACCCUGUGCAGUAGGCUGUACCCAUUCUGUGAAUGGGUAAAUAGAGUUCCAGAGAAGUGAAGUGCAUUACGUAAGGUCAGGGACAUAGGAAGGAAGAAGCCCAGUGUGGGAGCAGGAGGCCCUGUCUUUAAAGCCUGUACCAUAUGCUUUACACCCUACUGGGUUGCUUGGUCCUCGGGGUUGUAAUGGGUAGAAUUAGCAGUCGUGCCUUUCUGCAGGGUGGUGGCAUUGCUGAGACUCGGUGCUGAGCACCAGGUCUGAGGCAUGGUGAGGACUCAGAUGGGCUGGCUGUGACUGGCCGUCCUCAGGCCACAGGCUUCAGCCUCCAGGGGACAGGUCGAUAGGUCGGGUGACCCUUACUGUAGUGAGACCGUUUGAGCACGGAAGGAGCACCGGCCUGGGGCCAGCCGGGCCUGGCUUUGGCGCUGGCUUCUCCCUUGCUAGCUGUGGGGCCUCCGGCCAGUCACUCACGGCCUUUCUGUGGUCUCACUUGGUGCCUUUGACCCUGCAGUUACCCCGUGGGACACCUUCAGGUGAGGUCUCUCUGACCACGCUGCUCCUCAGCUUGGGGACACUACCUGGAAGCUUCCCAUCCAAUGACCUGUUUCAUCCCUAAAGUGUCCCGGUGGGGAUGAGCCAUUCCACUGUACAGCUGAGGAAGCUGGGGCUCACAGGGGCGAUGCCUUCCCCUGGAGAUUUCACGGCCUGACUGAGGCUAUCUUCGGGUUUCACCUUCUGGUUCCUCCAGCUGUCCCCCUCUUCCACCCCACAGAGGCCUCGUGGUGCCCUUUUCCCUCUGCUGCUGGAUCCAGUUAGUGUGGGACACCUCCACACCCAGCUCCUUCCUCUUGUAAAUUCCCGCCACGUUGACAGGGUCGAGCCUCUGAGGAGUCCUGGAGGAAGCCAGCCUGCCCGAGCGUGCGGUCGCCCCACCCGAUUUGCCCUUAGAGCCUUCUUCUCCCAGGACGUGUGCUUGUGGCCUGCAGAGCGCUGGGAGGGUCUGUUGCUGGCUUUCCAGCUGUUGGGGAGUGGGCAUGGCUGCUGUUGAGCUGUGAAGAACUCAGCCGUGAUUCAUGGAUGCCCACAGGUCGGGCCUUAGAGGAAGCACUCAGUUCCAGACGGCCGAGGCUGAGGUGCUAUGGGAACUCUCUCCGAGCCAGGCAGGGGAGCAGUCGGUGCAGAUGGGGUGCUGUGUGGAGCCCCAGGACAGCGGACCAGGAAGAGGGUGGUCUCGUUCAGUGGUAACAGCCCUCAAGGCCUCUCCCUAGUAACUUCUAACAGAGAGAGGACUUCAAGCUCACAGUUCUGGAGCUUGGCAGUUCCAGAUCUAUGAGCCAGCAAAGUAGGUGUCAUUCUGAGGCCUCUCCUCUGGGCAACUGUCAUCUCUGCAUGUUCACCUGAUCUUUUCUUUGUGCAGAUGUACAGAGGUAAAUAAGUGAGCUGCAUGGAAUCACCUUUUGGGGGGAUCCUGGGAAUUGAACCCAGUGGUGCUCUACACUGAACUACAUUCCCAGCCCUUUUCAUAUUUUAUUUUGCAACAGGGUCUCACUAAGUUGUCCACAUAGGACUUGAACUUGCAGUCUUCCUACCUCAGCCUCCUUCUGGGCUGGAAUUACAGCUGUAACUGAGGGAAGAAAUGGAGGGGGAUGCAUCUCAAAGUGUCUGCUCUGCCAUGUGCCCAGGAUGGGGAGAGGCUGAGUCUGGGCUGACCAGUGGGGUGAGGGGAUAGAGAACUCAAGGAAAAGGUUUGCUCUUUGAACUCUGAAAUAACCUUAAAUCAUAAGAAGGGCCUGACUUCUCAAAUUUGCCAUGCUGGGGAGGAAAAUCAGAGAUCUUACCAAUUAAGGGAAACACUUUUUCUAAACUUUUUUUUUUAUUGGUACCAGGGAUCGAAAUCACGAUUGCACACUUGCAAGGCAGGCACUUAUGCUGCUGAGCUAAAUCCCCAGCCCUGGGAAACACUUUUUAAAUUUUUUUUAUUUUUUACCCUGAAUUACUCAAGGAUGCUGUGAAUUUUUAUGCUCAAUUCCUUUCAGGUAAAGACAGAGAUACUAGAAAGGACAACCUUGGCCCAAGAGAAAGUGAUCAGUCACUUGGUCCAUGGGAGACCUGGUGUGGUGUGGGUUUCAGAAUGUGGCACUCUGGCUGGCUGCACUCCACUGGCUCCUGCUGCACAAUGGGCUCCUGACUCAGUUGCACACCUGGCACAGCCUCUGCAUGCCCAGCUGCUUCAGGACUCAGCAUAUGUAAAAGCUUUUGGGAUCAGUAACUUCUCAAAGUAUGAAAGAAUCCUGAGACCAAAAACUUUGAGAGCCGCUGAGCUAGAAACGUAUUUACACAAAAGGUAAGCAGAGAUUUUGCCCAAGUGGUGAGAUGUCUGACAAUCUACUUCUCACUGUAUGUUCCCCCCACCUUCGGUACUAAGGUUGAACCCAGGGCCUUCGCAGUGGGCUACAUCCCUAGCCCUUCUAUUUUGAGACAAGGUCUCUCUCGCUAAGGCGCUCUGUUGCCCAGGCUGGGCUUGAAUUUGCGGUCUUCUUGUUUCAGUCUCAAACUUUUACGUUUGGCAAAGGCAGACCCUCCGGUUGUGUCGGGGUCUGCGCACAGCACUGGGCAUGGCCGAGGCGCAGGAGCAGCGGCUGCAGCUGCAGAAGGACAACCGUGACGGCCGCCUGCGGAAGCAAGAGCUAGAGGAGCUGGUGCGCGGGCUGGAGGCCGAGAGCGAGAGCCUCGCCGGACGCCUGCACGAACUGCGCGAGCAGGAGCGCAGCCUACAGCGGAGGCGAAGUCAAGCGGCACCAGCCCUAAGAGCGGAGGCGCGCGAGGCGGUGAGGGAGCGCGCGGAGAGGGUGCAGAAACAGCUGGAGGCUGCGGAAAGGCGCAAAAUGGAGCUGGAGCAAUGCAACCGGCAACUGCAGGAACAGUGGGAGGAGCUGUCAAGUCAGGUACCGCAAGGAUGGGACGGUCUCUCUCUGGGUUCCUCGCGGAGGUUCCGCUCUGGUCCCAGUCCCCUAAUACCCUUCUUUAGAACCAGUACGCACCCCCCCUCACAAGCCCCUCCCCCAGCUCUUUUACUAUGGCGGGGAACAACUGAGUCAGCAGCGCGCAGAGCAGCAAGUGGGGACCCACCUGGUGGAGCUGCAGGACUCGCAGCGGACGGAGGAGGCCUGGGUCAGCUUCCAGGAGCAGAGCGGAGUCCUACAGGAGCUGCAGGGGAAGGUGAUGGAGGCGGCGGCUGCGCUGGACGCCUGGCGGGGCGGCUCGGAAACGUGGGAUUCGCGGUCUCUCCAGGUGCAGGACUGCGCGGGCUCACUUAUGGAGGAGGUGGCCAGGGCGGACUGCGUGAGCGCGGGUCGGGGCGGAAGGGCUGGAGCUGGAAUCCAAGUCCUCCGGGGAAACCUGGGCCGCGCCGCUCCCGCCACCCCAGCACGGAUGGCUCGCGGGCUCCUUUUCCCGCAGGAGAAGCGGCUGUUCUGCGGCACAGGCCCGGGGCGUCUCGGGUGAGCCGGGCGCCGACCCGUGGGCCGCCAAUCCCUUCCCGGACCGUCCUCGGCCGCCCUUUUCUCUCUCCGUGCGCCUGCAGGGUGUGGCUCUGGGCGCGCUGCAGACCCGGUGCUGCCCCCCUCGGCUUCCUGGUGCUGCCGCUGCUCUACUUGAAGCCCCACGCCGUCCACCAGGGACUCUUGCCCUUCGGUUCCGACACCACCUUCAGCCGGCUGCUGCCUGCCUGGAGCGCAUCACGCCAGCCGUGGCCGUCUGCACUUUGGUCUCCGACGUGGCUACAGGGGCGCCUGGGAGAGAUGGCUGAGGUGUGUCCCUCGCGUGUCCCUCCGGACUGGCCAGGGCACCUCGGCUCAGAGGGUGGCAGUCCUUUCCGCCCGGGUCUCAGGAAGCCUGGCAGGUCUAGGGCCCGCCUUUCCCAGCCUCCUGCCGUUUCAUUUUGUUUUUAUGUCUUUUUAGUCUCCUGCUGUUGCACCUCAACCAACUCAGACACCGGUCAGCAAUUUCUCACUGAACUCAUUUGCCCCCGGUCUGAGCCUUGAGGAGUAGGGGUCCCUGGUGGGUGACGUCUUCCCGUGGAUUCUGUGAUUCCUUUUGCGUGUGGUCGUUCAGAUCUUUGCAACCCCAUUUCUUCUGGGUGGGUUCCCAUCCCUUUGAGUCCCGCACACCUGCCUCCCUGUGGUGCCUUUAGCUGUCUGUGUGCCUGAGCACAGCCAGCAGUGAACACUCAGGAUUUCGGGCUCUGUGGGUAAUUUUCUUUUUGUUCAUGAGAAAUGUUCUUCGUGGAAGUGUACCAUGAGUUUUGCUUUGCCUACGCCAUACAGCUCUGCUUAUUCUACAGUAGUGAAACUGUGAACAGGGAAAUGCUCAGUGUAUCUUUAUGCAUACACACAGUUUUUGCAAUUAUGUUUAAACUUUUUUGGAGGGUGGUACUGAGGAUUGAAUCCUGGAUCUUCACAUCAAGGUAGGUCCCUAGCUGAAACACGGCUUUGCUAAACUGGUAACUCUAUAUAUACCCUUUCUUUUUGAGAAGAGGGUCUCCCUGAGUUGUCCCAGCUGGCCUUGAAUUCCUAGAUUUGAAUGCUUUUUGCCUCAUCCUCUGUAGUCAUUGGGACUACAGGCUUGGGCUUCUCAUCCAAAUUUUUUCUAAGUACUUUUAAUGUUGUACUUAGAUCACUACAAAUAAAGGGACUAUUGGCACAGGAGGAUGUACAGUAUAGCUACCAUAUUUAUUAAUGCUUUAUUUGAUUCUUCUGUUCAUUCCUAUUUUUAUCACUUUUUUUGCUUUUAAAUGAACAUUUUAUAUGGCUCCAUUUUCCUUCCUUAGUGUAUCAAUUAUACUUUUUUUUUGGCAGUACUGCAGAAUAAACUCAGAGGCCUCAGUCAUGCUAGGAAAGGGCUCUACCACUGUGCUACAUCCUCAGGCUUUUAAAAAAUAUAUAUUAAGACAUGGUCUCAUUGAAUUGACCAAAUUGAUCUUGAACUUGCACUCCUGUAUCAGCCUCUGAAGAAGCUGGGAUUACAGUCAUGUAUACCAUGUCUGGCUAUCCUUUUUUUAAAAACCAUUUUUAGAAGGUGGCUAUAAACUUUGCAAUAUAUACUUACAACUAUUUCAAGUCCACUUUCAAGUAAUGCAAGCACCUUAUGAUAAAAUAAUCCUAUUCUCUUCCAUUUAUCCCUUGUAUUGCAGCUGAUGUUUGUUCCUCUUGCACAAAAUAUAACUGAAUAUGUUGCUACUAUGCUAUUCCUAUUUUGAUUGGACUGUUAGAUCAGUAAAAAAAAAAAUACUUUUACCUGCACUCACUUACUUCCUAAUACUCUUCUUUUCUUUAUGUGAAUGAAUUUCUACCCACAGCAACUUUCCUCUCUCCACAGAACUUCUUUUGGCAUUUCUUGAAAGGCAGGUUUACUGACAACAUAUUCUCUUUUUCCCAGGCACGAUGGUGCAUGGCUGAAUCUCAGUACUCAAGAGACUGAGGUGGGAGGGUUGCUUGAGCUAGGGAAUUGGAAACCAGACUGGGCAAUAACAAAACCCAAAACCUUCAAAUCGUGUCAGUUUUUGUUUGAGAAAGUCUUUGCUCUUUACUUGUUUUUGUUGUUGUUUGAGAUAGGGUCUCACUUUGUAGUUCAGGCUACCUUGAAUUUGCAACAAUCCUCUUGCCUCAGCUCCUGGGUGCACCACAACUGGAUGUCCUUUACUUUUGGAAAGUAUUAUUUCAGAAUGUAGAAUUCUACAUUGGUGGGUUUUCUCCCAGUAUUUUAAGCACUUCACUCCAUUCUUGUUUUCACAGUUUCUGAAAAGCUGAAUGUAAAUCUGAACUUUGCUCCUGUACAGGGAAGGUGAUUUUCCUCUGGCGUCUGUCAGAUUAGUUGGUCUUUAAUAGGGUGUGGUGGUACCUGCCUGUAAUCCCAGCACUCUGGGAGUCUGAGGCAGGAAGAUUAAGUUCAAACCCAGCCUGGGCAACUCAGGGAGACUCUGGUACUCCCCAGGACCAUGAACCAAUGCAAGAACAAGGAAGACCCACAUGUUUUGUCUUUGAUAUCCUGAACUGUAAAUGUGAUAUGCCCAGCUGUGGACAUUUUGGUAUUCACCCUGCCUGGUGUUCUUAAGAGAAUCUGGGAUCUGAGGUUUGUCUGACAGUGUUUGGAAGAAAAUCUGUCAUCUACAUACUGUUUCUGUUCAUCCUUUUCUUCCUCCUGGAGCUCCCAUUAUGAGUGCUAUACCAUUUUAGUUGACCUGCAGUUUUUGGGUGGUUCAAUUUUUGGUUUUGCAGUUGGGAACUGAACCCAGGCUGUCCACAUAUAAACAUGGAGCUUUGCCACUGAGCUAUAUCCCCAGCUCCUUGGCAGUUUCUAUUUAGGGAUCUUCAAGCUCAGAAAUUCUCUCUUCAGCCAUAUCUAGUAUGCUAAUAAGCACAUCGAAGACUUUCUUUAUAGUUUUUCUCCUACGCACUUUCAGCCUAUGCAUUGAGCUGCAUCCUUAGCCCAUUUUUUAAAAUUUUAAAGCAGAGUCUCACCAAAUUGGCAGAGGAGGCUUCAACUUGCAAUCCUCCUGCCUCAUCCAGAAUGCUGACAUUACCAGCUUAUGCCACUAGGUUUGGGUCCCAUCAUUCUUCCUUAGGAUUUCUCUUUGCCCACAUUGACCAUAGGUUCUUGCAUGCUGUGUGCUUUAUAUGUUAUGGCCCAUAGCAUCUUAAUCACAGCUGACUGAAAAUUCAUGUGUGGCAGUGUCAUCAUUCCUGCCUAUCUUCCCUCCUAUUUCUGGCUCUGGUUCUGAUGCCUGGCUGGACCUGCAUUGUUCCAUUCUUUUGUCUUUCCUUGUACACAUAUGUCACAUUGCUUUGAUUAAUAAAGCCCAGUUAAGUCUUGACAUAUGGGUUUCAUUUUUCCUUACUAAUGCAAUAUUUUAGUUUUUACUUUGUGGGAAAACAAAACAAAUUUUCAUAACAAAAUUAAAGGUAACAAUAUUCAAUGUAUUAACUAUUGUUAUUCUAUUAGUUAAUCAGAGUACAAGAUAUGGGUAUAAAAAUUCUCCAAUAGAUAUCGGCACAAAUAUUUUUUACAAACUAGUACAACAAUAUGGUAUUUUUUUCUUCCUUUCUUCCAUUUUCCCCCAUCCUGAUUCCUUUUUCGUUUUUUUUUUUUCCUUUUUCCUUUUUAUCGGUACCGGGGAUCAAACUCACGACUGCCUGCUUUCAAGGCAGGCGCUUAUGCCGCUGAGCUAAACCCCUAGCCCCUCCUUUUUCCUUUUGAACAGUUUCUUAUUUCACAGUAUCUAGUAUGUGUUUGGACUUUACUCUUUCAGCAUUAUACAUCAGGAAGACAAUAUGAUGUUUACAUGUGUGAGUCUGAUUUAUUUCACUUAUGAGUAUGGUCUCUAGUUGUAUCCACUUACCAAUAAAAGUCUCAAGUUUAUCCUUCUUUAUGGCCAAGUAGUAUUCCAUUGUAUAAAAAGACAUUUAAAAAAAAUUCCACAGCAGAUGGCCAUCUUUGUUUCCAAGAUUUAGCUACUACAAAUUGUGCUACUAUACACAUGAAUGCACAUAUAUUGCUGUUGUAUGUUUUUAUUUCUUCUGGGAAGAUACCCAGAAGGGCAAUAGCUGGGUUGAAUGGGACCUCUUACCUUUUUUUUUUUUUUUUUUUUUUUUUUUUUUUUUGAGGAACCUCCAUAUUGAUUUCCACAGUGGUUGUACCAGUCUGCAUUCCCACCAACAGUAGAGAAGGGUCCCUUUCCCCCUACAUUUCCUCCAGCAUUUGUUAUUGGUUAAUGUUUUGAUAAUAACCAUUCUUUCUGGAGAUGGAAUCUCAAUUUUGUUUUAAUAUGCAUCUCUCAAAUGAUCAACGAUGUUGAACAUUUUUCAUGUAUUUAUUUUCCAUUUGUAUUUCUUCAUCUGAGAACGGAUUGAGCUAAAGACCAUUUCUUCCAAUUUCCUGGGGGGUUUUAUCAUUAAUGGGUGUUGGACUUUGUCAAAUGCUUUUUCUGCAUCCACUGAAAUAAUUAGGUGAUUUUUGUCCUUUGCUCUGUUGAUAUGGUGUAUUACAUUUAUUGUGUAUGCUGAACCAACCCUGCGUACCUGGAAUGAACCCUAUUUGGUCAUGAUGUAUAAUCAUUUUUUUUUUUUAUACCAGGGAUUGAACUCAGGAUGUCACGCUUGCCAGGCAGGUGCUUAUGCCACUGAGCUAAAUUCCUGGCCCUCUUGAUGACUUUCUGUAUUGUUUCCCAGUAUUUUGAGGAGUUUGCAUCUCUGUUCAUUAGGGAGACUGGCCUAUAAUUCUCUUUUUAAACUGGAUCCUUCUCUGGUUUUGGUAUCAGGUAAAAUACUUGCUUCUAGGAAUGAGUUUGGGAGUUUUGCUUCCCUAUUUCACUGAAAAGUUUGAGAAAAAAAAAUCAUCUGCACUGACACAGUCACUGUGCUGUCUCCCCAUUAGUGUCCCCGUGGGGGCAGGGAAUCUGAUUUUGCCCUCUUGCUGUUGCUCACGUGCCCACAGUUGCUCCUGUCUAAUAACAGGUGCUCAAUAAACAUUUGUUGGAAUGAAAAAAAA